AUGCCGGCUGUUGGACCCCGUGUGUCAAAGGAGGAAUUCAUGCAGGCCCUGGGCUUGAAUUCGCAUGAUCCCCAGCAUGAGCAGUACUAUCGGGCGAUGCGGGACGAAGCCAUCAUCGUAUACAACCGCAUGAACCAAGAUACCUCCGACCUGCUGGACAGCGUGCGAAACGACCCCAACACCCGUCCGCCCUUCUUCUGGCAUCAUAUCCGGCCCGAGAGGCAACGAUGGGGCAUCAUGGAGAUCUCGCGGAAUGCCGGGCCCCUGACUCGGUCGUUGUUCGAGCGCGGGAGCACCACCGGCGAGUAUGGUCCGAACUGGGUUGCUGGGUGGUUGCUGUACAGCGUGUUCCGGUCGAGAGAUGUGCGCAAUAAUCGUAAUCGGAGGAAGGGGGAUGACCACGGCCAUGACUCGAAACGUGAAAAGCAGGCACAAUCGGACACCGGACUGACGAAGAAAUAUUAUGACCCUGUGAGAAAUGGAUGA